AUGAUGCCAUUUCAAGUAGACUCGGUGAGCGGCCCCUCGGGCUCCCUACCCCGUCCCAGGCCUCCUUCCCAGCUGAGUCUCUCUACACGCCCGCACGCACACCCUGCUCAAGCCCAGGGCAGCUGCCUUGCCUCUCCAGCUCUUCCUCUGGAGUCCCACCGCUCCACCCGCAUCCUCUCCAUCUUCGGAAACCAUCCUUCUGUCAAGACUUACACCCUCCAAGACACCUUCCGAUCUUGCUUGCCAGAUGUCACCCAUCCUUUCCCCAGACAAGUCUUGGCUGAGGCUGUGGCCUUGACACCGGUAUCUCCCCGCCUUGAACUAGAUUGUAAACUUCUUGAGCUGGGCCUUCAGCCUGCUUCCACGCGUGUCCUGGGGCCCCCAGCAUAG